GUCAGCCCAGCCUACACAUGAAAAACUUAAAUACUGUCCACUCCAAACAAUCAGAAAAAUAUUGUUUUUAUUCUAUUCAAUGAACUUCUUGAAACUUAGCACUGAAGGGGUUGUUUCUGUAUUCAUAGGUUUGUAGAACAAUAGGAUUAAGGUCUUUUUCUCAACUCUGUUCAUGUUAUAACAUUUUUGCUGUGAAGAAGAGGCAUGUGAUCUCUGUUGAGUCAAAUUCAGUUUUGAGAACUGCAAAAGUAAACCAAGCACCUGCGAUAAUAUCUUGUAGGCAGAGAAACUGCCCAAUAAUCUUACAAAAACCUCUGGAAGAGCAUGACAUUGUGAAUGGAUUAAUUGAAUUUAUUUAGCCCCAAAAUUAAACAUAUACAACCUUAUUCUACAUAGUUAAAAAACUAAUCUUUAUUUCAUGAUGGAAUAACCUUUGGGUGGUAAUAUAUUUUCCUCAAAAAGCAUUUUAUUUAAAAAAAUCCAAUUUAAAUCAAAAAAAUCGAUUUAAAUCAAAAAAAUCUGAUUUAAAUCAAAAAAAUCCGAUUUUUUUGAUUUUUUUAAAAAAAUCAUUGAUUUUUAUCCACCCUGUUUGAGGCACAAGGAUAGGUUGAGAGAGGUUGGGGAAUUAGCAUAAUAGGGAUUAGGUUAGUUGGUUAGAUUUGCAAGAGAAAAGAAGAAGCUGGAGGAUAGGUGUGAUUGUAGGAGAAUCAUGACAGAUUAGUGUCUUGAGUGUGGAAUGUCAGAUACAAUUGACUGCUGUUAAUGGGUUGUUUCUUAUAUACAGUAAAUGAUUUGUGUGACUGGGGUACUGGCUUGAUGUUUAAAUAUGCUAAUCCAGAGAGGUACAAUGCCAUAAUGCUUCUAGAACAUUAAGAAAUAUACAUGUAGUGGUUUUUGUUUAUAAAUACAAGCAAACAGUGUUUUGGCUAUAUAUAGAUACUUAUUAAAUUAUAAUGCAGAGUUCAAUUUGAGGCAUUCUUGGGACCAAUGUAAAUUUAAUGGGAUUCAUAAGCUUCAGGAGCAGUCUUGUAGGACUAUCCAUCAGAGCUGUAAACAUUUAUGAAAUCUUGCUUGGUAUUCUUCGAUUUCUCAAAACUGAGCAUUAAUGAAAGCUUGGAGAUUGAGAUGGUGGCUUAGAGUGCAGUUAGACAAUUGAUUUAUCAUUCUGGAUGCAAGACUACAGCACCUGUGACUAUUCUGUGAUCCCAUGGUCACUGUUGAGUUCCUCAUUCUCCAUUAAUCUCUGUUGAGAGCUGCAUUUUGGAUCUCUUUUAAAUUCUCUAUUUAUUGGAAGGAGAAAAUCUGGAAGGGCAGAUGUGAAAUUGGACAGUGUUUUGGAGUAAUAACUGUUGAGUUUGUUUACCCAUUGCAUAUACAUUUUAGUUGCCUUAGAAAUGGUACAAUUAAAGCAUGAGAUAAAAUUAAUGAAUGUAUCCUGCCUAUAAACAGAUUCUACUUAAGAUAUAUUGAACACACUAAGAUCAUUAAUAUAUAUAGUGCUAUCAGUAUUCAUCACUAUAAAGAUCUGCUGUAUAAAAUGUCUGUCAUAUAGCAAGGCUUAGGUUCCCUAAAGAAGUUCAUUAUCUUGGCACAUACAUAGUUAAUAUGCCAUGAUGUUUAGUAUUAACAAUAGGUGGUUUGUGAAUAACUGCUGUUAAUAACAUUAUCACUGUUAGUACUUGCUGCAUUUCUUUUUUCUUUCUUUUUUACUUUCUGCAUUUCAUUUCUUUGCUAUUUUCAAUCCUCCCAGCUUUGUGUGGACUCUAGACCAGGCAUGGGGAAUCUCUGGCCUGUGGGCCUAAUUAGAUUUAGUCAGGAUAGUUAUUUGAUCUGCAAGACUCCGCCUCCAAUUCAUGUUCUCCUACCCUGCACCUGAUGUUGUAUAUGAUGGCAAGUGCGGGGCAGGUAAGGACCCUGCUCACUACUGAAAGUGAAGUUGGCAGGUACUGCUGAUCAGCUGGUUCAUGGCACUUACAAAGCUUUGUGUCUUUGCCCUACCAUCAAAGAAAAAACUUCAUCUGACAUAAUAGUGACAUUCAGGGGCUUGGCAGGUAGCUGGGGCCUCCCACCUGUCAAAAUGGCCUCUGAGGAUAGGAGAGGUGAAGAUCCAGCCUACUAGCUGCGGAAAGAUCCCUAUACCUGCUAUGGUCCAUGAAAGCUAUUAUUCCUCAAUAAAUUUGUUAGGUUUUAAGGUGCCUCAUUACUAAUUUUUCUUUAUACAACAAUGCAUGUAGACAAUAACAUCUUAAUCGUGUACAGUUAACAUGCCAGGAAGUGAAAUCUGCUUUUUUAAAAUCAAAGACCAUCUUGACAGUGAGUCCUUGAAGACUUGCUCCCUGUCUUGCAAGCCUUUUCUUACCUGGCCUGGGAGGGUGGGGCUCUGAAUGACUCUAGCUAUGAAAGCUGAGCCUGCUGAACAGAAUCUUGGGCUAGCGGCUAGAGAAUUAUUUAGGAUUUUGUUGGGAGGGGGCUAUUGCUGUUGUUUCUGUUAAUUUUUUGGAUCUUUAUUUUGGAACUUGUAAUUUAUGUGGAAUUGGUCCAGUUUGGUUGUGUACUUUUUGAUUUUAUGCUUAUGACUACUUUUGUUUUGUUGGUAGUUACGUAAUUUUGAAUAUGUUGAGUAUAGUCUUAAAUUUGGAAAGACGGCAUACAAAUAAAAUGAUUGAUUGAUUUUACCUGGCUUUAGCAGUGUUAAAGUAAGAAAACUUCAUGAAAUUUAUAUUAAUGGGACCCUCUCAGUCAAAAUCUCACAAAAUUUUGUUUAAAGCUCUUUGUCAGAGAAAACAAGUGUGUGUGUGUGUGUGUGGGGGGGAAGCAAAUUUGAAAGCAGCAAUAAAAUGUCCGCCCUGGUUUCUUGGUUGUAUUUUGUGUAGGCUGCAUUACCUUAAAGGAGCUGCUGUUUUACCUUUCAAGAUUCAAUACUCUUUGAGGGCAAGGGUGGCAUUUUCCUGCCCUGCCCUUCUAGCCUCUGCCUGCUGGUUGGUGCCAGUGUAACGCAGCCAGCAUGGAAUGCCUUCUUGUGCUGCAUGAGCAGAGGUGCCAUUGGCAGGUUCUCUGCUGGAUCCUGAGUUGGUCCUGCGGUUGUCACAUUGGACCAUUGCUGCGCCAGCUCCAAGCUAGCCCAGCAAUUUGCAACCCCCAUGUGUGUGACAACGCUGUAGGUAUAGCUGUGGUUUUGAUGUUCAUUUAAACCUCUCCCCACCCUCAGCAACCACACCCUUUUAUUUGUACUAGUUCAACUUUGUUGUGGAGUGGCAGGGUUGGGCAUUUUCUUGACCAAAAAUAUUUGAUUGAUUGGUCAAAUUGAUAAUUUUUAAAACAACAACAAACCCAGAAACUUUAUUACAGUAAUAGAAAAUGUACUUUAAUAAUCACAUUAGAUAAUUACAAAUUUUGUUUUACGUAAGUUAACUAUAAGAUACACCAAAAAUAUAGAAAAGGUUGAGAGCAUAUAUGAAACAAAGCCCUUAAAUAAAUUAGCAGAUACUUAGCUGGCAAAAACCUGGCAAAAGACAGCCAAGGAAGGGGUUGUCCUUGCUUCACAAGGCCAAGUAGGAGGGACACAGAGAAGGGCAUCUCUUUCUGAUCUUAGGAAGAGCAUAGAAUGAUAAGGGAACAGAAAUAUUAUCAGUUUUCCUGGACCCAGGCCAUAUAGGGUUUUUAAAGUAGUCACAACCACUUUUAAGGGUGCCCAGAAGAAAAUGGGCAACCAGUGCAGGUGUUGUAACAUAUGUAUUGGUGCAUUGGUGCAUGGAAGAAACUCGAUCUCAGGACGCAAGGGAGAAACGUGCUAAGAGGAAGGCAUGCUUGGCAAAUCCACACCGUGAUCAACUCGCGCCCGGAAACCAAUGUCCCCACUGUGGAAGGACGUGUGGAUCCAGAAUUGGCCUCCACAGUCACUUACGGACCCUUUGUUAAAAUCGUGUUUAUGGAAGACAAUCUUACUCGACUACGAGUGAUCGCCAAAGAAGAAGAUCUCUCCAAGAACAGAUUUACUGAAAUUCCUCCUGAUGUGUGGCAGUUUUCACCACUUGAGACAUUGAACCUCUAUCACAACUGCAUCAAAUCAAUCCCUGAAGCAAUUAAAAAUCUGCAAAUGUUAACAUAUCUAAAUAUCAGUCGAAAUCUUUUAUCAACAUUGCCAAAAUACUUGUUUGAUCUGCCACUUAAAGUUUUGGUUGUCAGCAAUAAUAAACUUGUGUCCAUUCCCGAAGAAAUUGGAAAAUUGAGAGACAUAAUGGAAUUGGAUAUUAGCUGUAAUGAGAUCCAAGUCCUUCCCCAGCAAAUUGGAAAGCUGCAGUCACUACGAGAAUUAAAUUUAAGAAGAAAUAAUAUUCAUAUACUACCUGAUGAAUUAGGAGACCUUCCCUUGGUCAAGCUGGACUUCUCAUGUAAUAAAAUCACAGAAAUACCUGUGUGUUUCAGGAAGCUACAUCGCUUGCAAGUCAUAAUUUUGGACAAUAAUCCAAUGCAGAUACCACCAGCACAGAUAUGUUUAAAGGGCAAAGUACACAUAUUUAAAUUCCUCAGCAUUCAGGCAUGCCUCAGAAUAGAUAAAAAGCCGGAUUCCUUGGAUCUUCCAUCCCUGGGUAAAAGAAUUCCUUCCCAGCCGCUCACAGACAGUAUGGAAGAUUUUUAUCCAAAUAAAAACCACGGCCCAGACUCUGGCAUUGGCAGCGAUAAUGGGGAUAAAAGGUUAUCCACAACAGAACCAUCCGAUGAUGACACAAUCAGCCUUCACUCUCAGGUAUCAGAAUCGACAAGGGAGCAGACACUCAGAAAUGACAAUCAGUUACUAGGAAAUAAACCUGAACUGCAUAAAGACCCAGAAGUGUGUGAUUACCUUGACCCCAGCUCAGAGGAUGUGGCUUCCUGUGAUCAAGGAGAUGUACAAACUGGGCCAUCGAUCUCGUAUAUUAAGGAAGGAGCAAAGCAGACUGAGAAGUCUCAGAAAACAGAAGAAAAUGAAAACUGGGGAGAUGAGAAGAGGGUUCAGAAGGAUCAAGUAUUGGCAGAGGAAGAUGAUGAACUGAAGGAAGUGACUGACCUAAGGAAAAUAGCUGCCCAGCUGCUUCAACAAGAACAGAAGAACAGACUUCUGAAUCACUCUACGUCAGCAAGUACAAGAAAUAGACCAAAACAGACCAUGGAAUCAGAAAAAAGCCUUUCAGCAGAUGAAGCAAAUUCUCCAUCAUCCCCAUACAGUUGGAAGUCACUGGAGAAUCGGAAGGACCACCCAGAUGAGCAGCACUGGCCGGACAUGCAGCCAGUUAUCUGGCAAAAUGAGGAGAGGAGGCGGAGCAAGCAAAUCAGAAAAGAAUAUUUCAAGUACAAGUCUUCCCGGAAGAGUUCAAGUGGCAAUGAAAAUGAUGAGCAAGACAGUGAUAAUACUAAUGUGUCCCCACAGUCUCCUGUGUCGUCCGAGGAUUAUGAAAGGGCCGAUGGCAGUUCUCAUGGUCCUUUUGGACUGAAGCCCAGAUCAGCUUUUGGCCGCUCUCGCCAGGACUACGGUGCUGUAGACCCCGGAUUCACAAUGAGGAGGAAAAUGGAGCACUUAAGGGAAGAGAGAGAACAAAUAAAGCAGCUGCGCAAUAAUCUAGAGUCGCGAUUGAAGGUCAGUUUGCCAGAUGACAUUGGAGCAGCAUUAAUGGAUGGGGUGGUUCUGUGCCAUUUAGCUAAUCAUAUAAGACCUCGAUCUGUUGCCAGUAUUCAUGUCCCUUCACCAGCUGUGGUGAGUAACCAUCUAUUCUCAAAACCAGCAUGGCUGUUCCCUUUUUUUACACCCCUUCACAGUGCAUUUAUGUAAGCCUCCUUAUAACCUUGUGAGUUAAGAUUAGUUGGCUCCCUUGACCAACUACAUUCUUUCUGCAGCUCCCCUGUGGGGCUCAGGAGCCUGGUUCCAUCACCCAUUUCAUGCAGAGCUGGCGGCCUCUCCCCCUUUAUCAAACACCCUCAUUUGUGGAUUGUUCCCUCAGUCUCCUCUCCUCUCCUCUUUGGGAGCCCUCUGGGCAGCUGCUGCUGCCAUCCCUGGUCUCUGAGCUGGUGCCCCCCCCACCCCAAAGAGAGGUGCCUCCCAGUGGCACCAUUCGCCUGCAGAGCUUAUAGCCAGGGCUGCUGCUGUAAAAA